AUGCAUGCAUGUGAGGCGGCGGUCAGGUGUCGUGCUGUUGGCAGGCGCUGGGCACAGUGCCAGUGGAGCGGGGCUAUUAUUGGAGCGGAGGAGGCAGCAGACCCCGCAGACACAUCUCCAGGUGGAGGCGUCAUCCUGUAUGCUGGUUCCACUGGCAGUUUGAGCCCCAGUCCAGGCAGCCCUUCCAGCGGAUAUCAGACCCAGUCACCCUCUUCACACUCUCAACCCUCAUCUCCUGAGGAGGUGACCUUCACAGAAAUUGGGGCUCUGAAGCAGAGGACAGUGGGGUGCAGCUCCACUACCUCCAAGUUGGUUUUCCAGUUCCCUGAAGUAUGCAGCGUCUCCCAAGCAGCAGCGCCAGCAACUUCUCAGCACACAUAUGCACAUCCCAUUGCUGCAAAGAGGCCAUGUGGGUUUCCUGGCACAAUCACAAAGACAGGGGGAAUGGUGCUUCUCUGCAAAGUUUGUGGGGACAUUGCUUCUGGUUUUCACUAUGGAGUACAUGCAUGUGAGGGUUGCAAGGGUUUUUUUCGUCGUAGUAUUCAGCAGAACAUCAACUACAAGAUGUGCGUAAAGAAUGAAAACUGUCUGAUCAUGCGAAUGAACAGGAACCGCUGCCAGCACUGCCGUUUUAAGAAGUGCAUCUCUGUUGGCAUGUCCAGAGAUGCUGUACGUUUUGGUCGCAUCCCCAAAAGAGAGAAGCAGCGGCUACUAGAUGAGAUGCAGAGCUACAUGAACAGUCUAAAUGAGUCAGCUGGCAUAGCCAUGGAAUCCUCCUCGGUGAGAGAGAUUGCCCCAAACACAGAUGAAGGUAACUCCAAAGAGGCAAUAGGAGCCAUUUCAAGAGCCUACCAUGACAUCUUCACCACCAGUAACAACAGCUGCCAAGAAAGAGCCACUAAGAGAGCACACAUCUCCAACAACAAUAACUGCCCUUCAUUUUCUCAGGAGGGUGGCUUCCUUCAGGUCUCCACUACUCAGAGUUAUCAGUACAGUUCUGAAGCUUGUCCCACUUCAUGUCCCAUUGCUCCCAAUAGCAACCUACCAACAUUCCACACCAGUGUGGACAAUAGUCACUGCACAUAUGCAUUGCCAACAAAUCAGAGCCAGCACCAGACUAACCAGCACAGUUACUCCAAUGAAAGAAAGACAAACCUCACGUCCUGCCCAUGGAAGUUAGCACCAGGUGCUAAAGUAUUGGCCUGUCCUCUCAAUGCAUGUCCUAUAACAGGGGCAGAACGCUCCAAUCAGGAGAUUUGGGAAUCCUUCUCUAAUUGUUUCACUCCAGCAGUAAAAGAGGUGGUAGAGUUUGCCAAAGGCAUCCCAGGAUUUCAAGAGCUCAGCCAGCAAGACCAAGUCAUGUUGCUCAAAUCUGGUACUUUCCAGGUUCUGAUGGUGCGGUUUUGCACCUUGUUCAAUUCUGAAAAACGUACAGUGACUUUCCUAAAUGGUCAAACUUACCCCUUGUCUAUCCUCCGGGGCCUGGGUAUGGGUUCGUUGCUGGAUGCCAUGUUUGAAUUCAGUGAGAAGUUGGGGUCUUUGGGCCUGGAGCCUGAUGAAAUGGCCCUCUUCAUGGCUGUAGUGCUGGUCUCUGCAGACCUUUCUGGGAUCUCAAACAUGCAGGCCGUGGAGCAACUGCAGGAGGGUCUGAUUCGAGCUCUGCGCUCACUUAUCACUCGCCGGCGUCCAGAUGACAUUGGCCUCUUUUCCAAACUUCUUCUUCGUCUGCCUGACCUGCGCACACUUAAUAAUCUGCACUCUGACAAAUUGCUGGCUUUCCGCAUUGAUCCUUAAACAAAGAAACUUAUGCUCUUACUUUAACGAACAAGUGGAUCUGAAGGAGUUGAGUUGUUCUCAACCUUAGGAUACUUGUUUCACUCAAACAUUGCACAAAACUGCUGCACCUUCAUACAACUACAUGUUGAUGAAGCAGUUUGACAGGUCUUUGUGUAAACCUUUGAAGACCAAAAUCCAGCUGACUUCAGCUUACUCCUUUUAUUUCUUGUAACAUACUGUAUUAAAUGUCAGCAAGCAGCAACAUACAAGUUUAAGGGACCGCUGUUGUGUCAUAGGAUAAGGGAACCUGUAAAUGCAAACCUAAAUGUAAGGUAUUGUAUGUUUUAUGCCAUUUUGCAUUAUGAACUUGCACUAUAAUUUUAGUGUGUCAUUUUAGCAGAAGUUACCUUCAGUAAUCUUUUCCUGUGGUGUAGAACAGAUUGAAAGUCUUGGGGUUCAUGUGAAGAGAACAAUUAAGCAUUUUUCUCCCACACAGUAUGUGCUGCAGAGAACACAUGCAUGCUGCAUUUUGUAGUUAUUUUGUUCUGUUUAUGUAAAUAUAUCAUAUAUGUUUAUGACUGCAAUCAUGUGAAAGAUUGUUUCAGUUUUGUGAAAAGAGCAAUGUAUGACCUUUAUUGUAUAAGAUGAGGGUUAGGUCAUGGGAUCUUUGUGUAGUGGACUACUGUAGUGACUCUGAGAUGACUUAUUUAAGCUUAUACCAGCACACUCUCAGAAAUCAACAGAUUCCACAUAACCCUCCUCUGGCCCCAUUGUUUGUCAUACAAACACAAUGUGUAUUUAUGCAGAGAUUUUCCUUGAUGGAUCCUCUU